AUCUCACCCGUUGCUUUACAGAUAGUCGAGUCUGUCGAGCUGAGACUAACAACAGCCUCUAUUGGGUCUACUGUGGUUUCUACGCUCAGACUGCCGUGAAGUGGAAGCUCCCCUAAAAUGCUUUCCUUGGCCAUGGCGGGCCGAGCAGUACUCCCAAGACUUGUGACAGGAAGAUGGAAGACAUUUUUGAAGGAUGGAAGAUGUUUCACUACCUCAGCUUCUCACUGGAACACUUCAUCCUCACCUUCAGCCCAUCAGAAGACCCCAUCCUAUAGCUAUGUGGUUGUUGGAGCAGGGUCAGCAGGCUGCGUCCUCGCUAACCGCCUCACAGAGGACGCACAAGAGUCUGUCUGCCUGUUGGAGGCCGGGCCCAAGGACAAGUGGUUAGGUAGCUCACGACUCUCAUGGAAGAUCCACAUGCCGGCUGCACUGACCUACAACCUCUGUGAUGACAAGUAUAACUGGUACUACCACACUUUACCUCAGGCCCAUAUGGACAACCGGGUGAUGUAUUGGCCCAGGGGACGUGUUUGGGGAGGGUCCUCCUCACUUAACGCAAUGGUUUACAUCCGUGGACAUGCAGAGGACUACAACCGCUGGCAAAGAGAGGGUGCCGAGGGGUGGGACUACGAUCAUUGUCUACCUUACUUCAGGAAAGCUCAGUGCCAUGAACUAGGUGAAAACAGGUAUAGAGGUGGCAGUGGACCUCUUCAUGUGUCUAGAGGAAAGACCAACCAUCCUCUGCACAAGGCUUUUAUUGAAGCAGGGCAGCAGGCAGGAUACCCCUUCACAGAUGACAUGAACGGAUACCAACAGGAAGGCGUUGGCUGGAUGGACAUGACCAUAUACAAAGGAAAGAGGUGGAGCACUGCCAGCGCUUACCUCAGACCGGCCCUGAGUCGACCCAACCUGAAGACAGAGGUGCAAUGCCUGACCACGAAGGUCUUGUUUGAUGGGAAACGUGCUGUGGGAGUGGAGUAUGUGCAGAAUGGAGAGAAAAAGAGAGUGUUUGCAGAUAAAGAAGUGAUCUUGAGUGGAGGAGCCAUCAAUUCCCCUCAGCUUCUCAUGCUUUCUGGUGUAGGAAACGCAGAUGAACUGAAAGACCUUGGAAUUCCCAUCAUUCAACACUUGCCAGGCGUUGGUAAUAAUCUGCAGGACCACUUGGAGCUGUACGUCCAGCAGCAGUGCACUCAGCCCAUCACCUUGUACAAGGCACAGAAGCCUUUCCACAUGAUCAAGAUCGGUCUUGAAUGGCUCACCCUUUUUACCGGCUAUGGAGCUACAGCCCAUUUGGAGAGCGGAGGGUUUAUCCGCAGUCGACCGGGUGUCGCACACCCUGACAUUCAGUUUCAUUUUCUGCCUUCUCAAGUCAUUGACCAUGGUCGGGUUGCUUCAAAGAUAGAGGCAUAUCAGGUCCAUGUUGGACCAAUGAGAAGUGUUAGUGUUGGCUGGAUGAAGCUAAAAAGUCCCAAUCCGAUGGAUCACCCGAUUCUUCAACCAAACUACCUCUCCACUGAUAUCGAUGUGUGGGAAUUCAGACAGUGUGUCAAACUGUCCAGAGAAAUUUUUGCCCAGAGGGCCUUUGAUCCAUUCCGUGGUACCGAAGUCCAACCUGGUCCCCAGGUCCAGUCUGAUGCAGACAUCGACGCUUUUGUCCGCCAGAAAGCUGACAGUGCCUACCACCCCUCCUGCACCUGCAAAAUGGGCUCCGCCACCGAUCCAAUGGCGGUGGUGGACUCAAACGCCCGGGUGUUUGGUCUGGAGCGGCUGCGUGUGGUCGACGCCUCCAUCAUGCCGAGCAUUGUGAGCGGGAACCUAAACGCCCCCACUAUCAUGAUCGCAGAGAGGGCAGCCGACAUCAUCAGAGGUCGGCCUCCCCUUGAGGACCAGGGGGUCCCUGUGUAUGAGCCUCCGACAUUGGAAACGCAGAGAUGAUCGGUAGACCGUCAAUUUGGUGAUUUUACUCUACGGUCAUUUCUCUUUUAUGAGCACUAGUGAAUUUAAUCAACACAAAUCAAAAACUGUGACUUAGUUUUGUUUACACACAAAUAACACUUUGUACUCUUUUUAAUGUGGAAGUGAAGGAGCCAACAGGUCAGUCUGAUAAUGCUGACUUGAUCAGAUUAGAUUCAUGCAGUCGAAUUUUUACCGUAGCUGAAUUUUAAAGCACUGCCCACAUCCACACUCUCACAUCAUACAAGCCUCACUGUUCUAUAUGCAGACAUUAUUACUUUCUGCCUGAUGGCAGCCGUGCUGUAAAUACAAAUGAUCCCUUGCAAAAUCCAAACGAUACCUGGAAGUGCCUUAUUUAACUAAACCCCUGGUUUAAAAAUGUUUUAUUUGCCUCUACUAAUGAAUAUUCAUGAGAAAGGCUAAGCAUACCCACAGACUGUUCAUCUCAACUGCACUCUCUCCCCAGUUAGCUUUAAUCUAAUAAUUUGAAACGUGCCUUUAUUAUCACAAACAGCAGCUGUAGAACUAAUGCAGAGAAAGAUAAACAAAAAACAAACUAAGCUUUCUGGUUUUAACUUGAAAUAGUUUGGUCACUCCAAACCCACUGACAGCACAAAGAAAAUGUAUCUUAAUAAAUCUGGUUUACAGCUUCUCUCAGAUCAGUGUGCUUUGCAGUCAUUCCUCUUGUCUACCGAUCAGCAGCCUGCAGGGUUAGAGCACACGUCUAGGCAGAACACUUUUUAUUCUUCUUGACCAACAUAACCUUCAUCUUCCUUCCUGAGAAAUCUGCAACAGUUCAGCUCAUUUGCCUAGGUUUGUUUGCCUAGGUUUAAACUGUCAAGAUAAGUUUGUGCUCGGUUCCACUUCGUGUUAACCUUAUCUUAGAAAAACUGACAUUUUGUGAUGUGAGCAGUACAUCUGAUUUUGGUUUUAGGAGAAGAAUAGCACUGACUACUGAGAACACAUGGUGAGAAAAGGCCUGCCUACGUCACCACUAACCACUGCAACAAGAGAUUUUCCAGGAUAUUUAAAUUUUUAUCCAAAAAAAAUACCUUGCGUAUUUCAAAUCAUAAAAAUAAAAAAUAAAAAACUAAACUGUAAGAAACGUAUGUGUACAAAACAACCUGCCUUGCUAACACUAAUACACCGGUUUACACAGCCAUACAAGUUACCUUUUUUUUUUUUUUUUUUUUUUUUUUACAGCUUUUUACGAUAUGAUGUAUUCAUAUAUCAACAGUGCACAACAUUCAUGGUCUAAAGUCACCAUUUAGGGGUCAGAGCUCAAUAAGGUUACAUUCAUUUCCUUGUCUAAUAUUGAGAAUAUGUUAAGAAUAGGUGAACAAAACGCAUCUUAAGUUGCUUAAAAGGGAUGAUUGUUUACGAAACCCAAAUUAUUGCAGCCAUUCAUGUUAAUAAUUCCAACUCUGGUUAUUAGUUCAAAUCUAUGCUGUGCAAAGUCUACCUUUUUCUUUACUUUAUUAUUUGAAUAAAAAGUGUUUUAAAUUGCUGAUCUGCUUUGGAAAACCAUGAAAAAGCUCAUUGUAAUUCAUGCUUUUCAGAUUUUAGUGUUUUUUGGUUCUAAGAUACUAACAUGUUAAGUCU